AUGCUUUUAAUUAUUAAUCAACUUAUGAAUAAAUAUUCUGGCUUUUUAAUCAGCCCAAAAAGUGCACAAAGCAGCAGAAUUUUCAGUCCUCCCUGCUCCCGCCCUACAUCUUCUAUAUCAACAACUGCCAAAACUUUUAUGAGCAAGCCUUUUCAUUUUCCUGAAGAAACUACUUCUUUUUCUCAUCAACAAUCAAUUGAUGCACAAUGGCCUGAAUUUGAACUUCCAGAUUCAGCUGACCCUAACACAUCAAGAUAUGCUCUCCCUAUUAAUUUUCCAAUCCGCCCAACAACAUCUCAAUUAAGUGGGCUAACUUUGAAAGAAAAUCAAAAAAAUCAUAUGAGAUCAUGCUCAAUGUUCAGCUUUUUAGAUGGCGAGCCAAUGGAGUUUAAUGUUGUGGGGCAUAGAAGAAUGCCUUCAGAAGACCAAUUUACGAAGAUUUUGGACAAGCUUGAAAUGGUAAUUUCAAAUAAAAAUCUAGUAAACCAAAAAGUCCCGUUACGAGAAGGUGUCCCUGUUGAUUUGUUAUUAGAUGAAGGAACAAUUCAAUAUUUUAGAGUCCGCUCUAAAGGAAGAAAAUCGCCUUUGUGAGUCUCAAUUAAAAAGACUAAAGGAAAACUGAUAACUUUUGUAUCGAGAACUAUACCUGAACCAAGCGAGCAUUUAUGUGACCAAUUAUCGAAAUUUGACAACUUUGAGAUAAGUGAUGCUGGCCUUAGGUUUCGCUGUGACAAUAUUUAUUUAGCUAUUCAAGCAAUUGAAUAUUCUAAUUUCUCGAUAACUGUUGGAUUUGGCCUUAAAAGACAGCAAAGCUUGGUCAGCAGUCCAAUUGAAAAAUUUGAAUCGGAAACUCCUAUCAAUGAGAUUCAAAAAGAUGAGUCAAAGUAUCAGCUUGCUGAAAGAGUAGAAAAAGUGCUUUGCAAAAGGAGAAGAACUGCUUUAUCCUUGUCAAAAGAAAAGGAUUUUGUUAAAAACAAUAUGCUCAUUUCCCCAAAAGACGAAAAAAAAGAUAAAAUCACUUGGGAAGAAAAGAGACUCAAAGUCCUCAAAAAUAAAGAGCAAAUUUUUAAAGAAAAAAAAGACAGAACUAUUAAAGUGUUAAAUAGGCAAGCCAUAAGAAUGGAGAGAGAAAAAGAAGAAAAACGCCUAAAUGAAAUUAAAAACGCGUUGCUAGAAAACCAAAAAUCUUGAUUUUCUUUGAUUUAUUUUAGUAUUUCUUUAAAUAAAUUCAAAGAAUUAAGAGUUGCAUGCAGAGCGAGCGCAUUUUUGAAAUUAUCCAAAACUCGCUCAAUUCGAAGUAUUCAGCGUGCAUAUAGAUCCUAUACUAACAACUUAGACAUAAAAACACUAAACACUCUUCGAGCAUCAUCAAUUUUGAAAUAUUAUUUCAACCAUACAAAACCUUUAAUUAAUAUACCAUUGAAAUCUCAAAUUGUAAAAUGUAUUAAAGAAAGCGCCAAACAUCAUAUUUUACCAUAUGGAUUUACACGACUGUAUAAAAGAAUCGUCAACAUUCAACGAGCUUGGCAUAUGUAUAACGCGAAAAGGAAAAAGCGAUGGGAAAGCUUGAUUAGAUUCUGAAACGAAAUGCUUGAGAUCCUCAUAAAAGAAUCGAGCAAUAAAGCAAUUCGCAAAAAGAAAAAGCUAUUAGAUAGUAAUAAAUACGCCAAAAUUACCUUAAUAUCAAGAAAUCAAGUUUUAACAGAGUAUUUUAGGAACUGCAAAAGAAAUUUUCAUAUUCAGCUUCGAGACUAUAUUGCUAAUACUAAAGAAUCAGUUAGAAGAGGAGUCAAAGCAUUUAGAAUGGCAAUUACUAAGGGAAACGAAGAUAGCCCAGCAUAUAUAACUUUUGCCCCAGAUUUCAAAUAUCUCCCAUCAACCGAAGAAUUGAUAAAACUUAUCGAAAAAGCAACAAAAUUGUAA